AUGGCGUGUCCCCUGGAGCAGGCGCUGGCCGUGAUGGUCGCCACCUUCCACAAGUACUCAGGGAAGGAAGGGGACAAAUAUAAACUCAGUAAGGCGGAGCUCAAGGAGCUGCUGAACAAGGAGCUGCCCAUCUUUGGGAGCAAACAAAUGGACGAGGUGGAAUUCAAGAGGCUUGUGAAUGACCUGGACCACAACAAGGAUAGCGAGGUGGACUUUAAGGAGUAUGUCUGCUUCCUGGCCUGCAUCACCAUGGGCUUCAAUGAGUUCUUCAAGGAUGGCCCCACCAAGCAGCCCCGCAAGAAGUGA